CGGGUGCGGAGGAGAGUUCGGGGUCUCUGUAAGGCAGGGAGCCGCGACCCCGCCGCGGGCGAGGCGGGGAGGAAGCGAGGAUCGCGCCCCUUCCCCGCCUCCCGGCCUCCCGGUACCGGCAGCGCGAGGCUCCACCCUCUCUGCACGGGACGAACACCUGGCGGCAGGGCGUGCCUCAGUUUCCCAGACGCCUGGCGAUCCUCCGCCCCGCUCCUCCCCUUUUCCCUCUUCCUCUUCGGGGCUUCGGCGGCCGCGCCGCGAGCACUCCCGGAACUGAAAGAGGGUGCCGGGCCCGUCGGGGGCGCCGGCCACGUCAGCGGGGCGGCGGGGCGGCGGGGCGGUGCGGGAGCGGGGCCCGGCGGGCGCCAUGCGGCGGGGCGCGCUGCUGGCCGGCGCCCUGGCCGCCUACGCCGUGUACCUGGUGCUGGGCGCGCUGCUGGUGGCGCGGCUGGAGGGGCCGCACGAAGCGCGGCUCCGCGCCGAGCUGGGGACGCUGCGGGAGCAGCUGCUGCAGCGCAGCCCGUGCGUGGCGGCGCCCGCCCUGGACGCCUUCGUGGAGCGGGUGCUGGCGGCCGGCCGGCUGGGGCGCGCGGUGUUCGCCAACGCUUCGGGGUCCAACGCCUCGGACCCUUCCUGGGACUUUGCCUCGGCUCUCUUCUUCGCCAGCACGCUGGUCACCACCGUGGGCUACGGGUACACGACGCCACUGACCGACGCGGGCAAGGCCUUCUCCAUCGCCUUCGCGCUGCUCGGCGUGCCCACCACCAUGCUGCUCCUGACCGCUUCGGCCCAGCGCCUGUCUCUGCUGCUCACCCACAGGCCCCUGGCUUGGCUGAGGACGCGCUGGGGCUGGGAGCCCCGGCGGGCCGCCCGCUGGCACUUGGUGGCCCUGCUGGGGGUCAUCGUGGCCUUCUGCUUCCUGGUACCAGCGGCCAUCUUCGCCUACCUAGAGGAGGCCUGGAGCUUCCUGGACGCUUUCUACUUCUGCUUCAUCUCCCUGUCCACCAUCGGCCUGGGGGACUAUGUGCCCGGGGAGGCCCCUGGCCAGCCCCACCGUGCGCUCUACAAGGUGCUGGUGACAGUCUACCUCUUCCUGGGCCUGGUGUUCAUGGUGCUGGUGCUGCAGACCUUCCGCCACCUGUCCGACCUCCACGGCCUCACCGAGCUCAUCCUGCUGCCGUCCACCCCGUGCCCCGCCAGCCUCAGCGAGGAAGACGAUGAUCGGGUGGACAUCCUGGGCCACCAGCCAGAGCCACACCAGCAGCUGUCUGCCAGCUCCCACGCCAACUAUGCCUCCAUCCCCAGGUAGCCGGGGCGGGCACCGGGGACCCACAGGAGCGCACCUGCCGGGACAGCUACCUUGUGUCCGCCAGCACACGGGGCGGGCACUGCCUCCGUGCCCUGGGCUCCACCGGACACCGACACGACCUUGCUCUCCGUCCUUUCCCUUCAUUUCAAACCGCGCGCUCCGGGCCCCCGGCCUCUGCUCUUCCCGUUGGUUUACAGUCUCUCGCCUGUUCCACUGGUCUUGCCCGUGAGCCACUCCUCAGCUGCCGGUUCCACCGGGCGCUCCAUCUGGCCCUGUCCUCCGCCGUGACUGCCCGUCUCUCAGCCUUGACAGUUAGGUGGAAAGAAUACGUUUACUCGCCCAGAAACUCCCCGCUUUGUGCUGCCAUGCGCUGGCCAGCGCUGGAGGCACAGGAGUGGUGGAGGUGGCCCUGUACUGUGACGGCAGAGGUGGCCCCACACGGGCAGGACUGCGGUGGGGGGAAGGCAGAAUUGUUGGGGCACAAUGGAGAAAGCAUAGGCAUGUUCUUAAUCCGGCUUAAAAGGACUGGAGGGCUUCCUGGAGGAAAGGGGCAACUGAACCAAGACCUGAAAUUUGAGGAAUCGUCAGGGAAGAAGUCAUCCCUAACUUCCUUGUCUUAGGUGUCUCCGGGAAACGGGGCCGUGCAGGCCUGGGGACACACUUGCCAUCAGUAGCGCAGCAGGCAGGAAGCUGACAUGGGGCCCCAGCCCAGAUCUGCACGGAAGGCAGAGCUCUCGGCCAGGACGCUGUUGUAACAGCUGGCCGAUGCUGAUAGCUCCGGGCGCGGGGCUCAAAUCCCAGCACAGCCUGGUCCUGCCUGUGAAAGGUGACCCUAGAUAGAGCUGCUUGCCACCGAGGUUUUGCAGGUGCGGCGUUGUUUUGCGAAGCUUGCUCUGAGUGGGCCCUGCCCUGCACACUCUCCCUAUGAGGGAGGGGAAAUGAAUCAGCCCCACCCACAGAUGAGAAAACUGAGGCGGGGUGCUGGGGAUCUCCCUGGCUCAGCCCACAGAGGCAGAAAGAGGGGUCUGAUUUAUGUUUAGUGCCCCUGGAGACUUGUCCCCUCCCAAGAUGCACCUCCGUGUGGUCUCACCGCUGGGGCCCAGCUGUGCACUUGUUCUCUGUCACUUCCUAUGGCGGGGACAGAAGCCACAGGGCCUUGGAGCUGGCCUUGCACAGGAGGGUUGGAAAGGCCCGGGGAGAAGACGCCGGGCUGGGGGUGGGGAGGAGCUGGGUGCGCCAGCCUGGAGCUGGGAGGAGGCGCUGGACCCGCUCCGGCCAGGGCCUUCCUGCGGCCCCAGCAGGGCUGAGAGGGAGAAGGGGUGGAGACGGCGACUUUGAAGGACAGGCCUGGGGGCGUGGCCUCCUCCCGCGGCUCUGAGUAGGAGAGGGUCGGGGGCGGUGUAGGCUUUAGAAGAUGUUCCGGUUGUGGUCGGGAGGUGAACCAGGGGGCGGAUGGGGCAGGAACACAGUAGGGGGUGGGCCGGGUGGAGCCUUGGGAGGGGGCGAGAGGGGAUGGGGUGGAGGGACCCGGCGGGGCCGGUCCCAGGGACCGGGCCUGGGAGAAAGGUGGGGUUUGUGGGGAGCAGCAGAGGCGAGUUGGGAGUGUGGGGGCUGGGCUCAGGGGUGGCCAGGACUGGAGACAGAGGUGAGGGACCGAGGGUGUAGUCCACACUCGGAAGCCGCGGCACUGCGGGUCUGCAGCAUUCGGAUAAAGCCACACCGUGUGCCAGGCCCUGCGGGCGAGCCUCAGCCCUCGGCAACCCCGGGGGAGUAGGGACAUCCGUCCCAGAGAGGCUACAUGACGUGUGCCCGUCAGCCGCGAGGGCGAGCCUGGGAUUCGGACGAGGCUUCGGUUGCUCCCGUCUUCCCUCGGGGGCUCUGAGCUCCCCACGGCCUCCCGCCAGCUCCACGCCUUCUCUGCUCUGCAGGGUCGGGGAGGACUGGGAGGCGGGGGCUUCCCCUUCUCAUCUGGAUGCCGCCUGCCGGCUUCUCCCUCCAGUGCCUCUAGGAACAGGUCCUGUCCGGUUCAAGACAGGAAAAACAUAAGAAGCAAAUAAAUAAAUAAAUAAAUAUUCAAGAGGCACAAAGGGACGCGGGGUGGGAAGUGCCGCUCUACACUUAGCAGAGGAACCAGCCACAGGCGUGGGCUGGUCGUUAUUUUUCGCUACUCACAAGUGAGAAGUGAACCUAGAGGGGGGAGGUGGGGAAGAUCAGGCUCUGGGGGCAGAGACCCUGGGUAUGAGUCUCCACCGUCGCUGCCCGGGGUCGCUGCCAAGGGUGAGUGAGUUCACUCCCUGCGCCUCUGUUUGCCGGGCUGUGAAAUGGGAGGAUCACAACCCCGACCUCGUGGACUUGCAGAGGAAGGAAGCGGCUGAAUCCUGCAAAGCCUGUAGCACGGGGUCUGCCACGGAGUUAGAUGUUGGCCAAUUAUUCUCGGGUCUGUACUGUGCUUUGUACAAAUCCAUAAAUUAUAGACACACAACGAU